CUGACGACCAGAAAGAAAUCAGUAAAAACUCCAACACCACCGGCUGAUCUCUCAGUCGCAUUACAAUAUCCCUCAAUCAUCAAUACUAGCCAGUACGAAUUUGAUCACACCCGCAGUUCCAAUCACAGUCGACGUAUGCGCAAACUCAAACUAUAUCAGCAACAACCAAAACAAUAUGGAUGACAAUCGCAUCUCGGAGACCGAGGAUAAGAUCGUCGAAAACUUUCUUCGAGAGCAAGAAGAAUCUUUUGGUUACGACGGGACUAAUGGUACUAAUGACGGCAACGACAGGAGCGAAGUUUUCAAUUUCGAAGAUGACACUGCCCUGACGGAGGACAUUCGAAAAAUGGCUCGUGCUCUUGCACCCCAGAUGUCCGAACUCGAGGAUGUCUUGAAGGAUUUUUCGGAGGUGGAAACAACGGACGCACUCGAUGUAAUUAUGCACAAUAACAAUGCAAGCGCAAACGACGUAUCCAGAUCCAUGCUCGAAGCGGAAGACGAUGAUCUUGACGAUGAAAUGGAGCAACUGGCCAUGAGCGAGCAGGCACUGCGAGAAGAACUGGAAUUUGCGGCAGGCAUAUCACUGUUGGGAACACCAAUGGGAUUCUGCUUUAACGAUGGCGAUGACAACUACAAUUCUAGUGAGUCCAACCUUCCUUCUCCCGUGAAUCUCAACGACCAACUAGAAGAGCAGCAGCAGCAAUCCAAGCCGGCACUUCCAGUGGCCGAAGAGUCUGAACCCGGCGCGCCACCUAUGUACACUCUGCAGGAUCAUGCGGAAUACUUGCACCUCAAAACGGAACGUCUGGGGAGGUGGUAUUAUUGCGACAUGACAUCUAAGCUGAUGCCUUCGGCUUUGUCGGAGUCGCCAUCGGUAUCGGUAGGCGGAAUGACAAAGGAUCUCGUCAAAGAUUAUUGCUUGCCUAUACCCUUUCGCAAGUUGAAGCGCUUGUACGGUGGUCUGGUAUUCUAUGACACCUGGGAAACAAAACGUCUGAAAGAAUCACAACGUCCUCCAUCCUCCACCAGUUCAACCCCGGCGGAAACUCCCAGUAAGACUCCUCUUAAAAAUCGACUGUUGGGAACACCCGGGAUUGUCACACCAAGUGGGUUUCCCACUACGGUACCGGUGACCCCGGCAUCGACCACUACGGAUGCGAGUGCCCAGACGCCGUUGCAAACGCCAGUCAAAACCCCGCUGAAAGAAAUCAACAGCGCAAAGAUUGCCAAGAAAAAUGUUGUCGCCGAAGAACCACUCCCGGUCCGGACCAUCUCCAUUCGCAUCCGCCCGGAUGUCUUGUGCGGAGCCGUCAUGGACGCCGCCCACCAUGCCUUUGAGAUCUUGUCGACAAAUCACACAUCCGACGUUAUCAAGCGGCAGGGAGGGCACUUGCGAGGUUCGGUGUACAUGGCUGACAAGCAGCUUGCGUACGUAGUGGAUAUGCAACUCUGUACGCAAAAGAACGAUGGUUUGGAACGGCGGCUUCUCUUGCGAUUUUAUCACAUCCACGACGAUCCAGACGCCUUGCAGGAACUAGGACAAGUCUUGAUGAUGGAAAAGAAGAGGAAGGAAAGACAAAAACAAGAAACAGCUCCACCAAUUCCUCAGGGCGACAGCGUUGCACCAUCGACUUCCAUUGCGACGACUUCAUCGUCGUCGUCAGUGGCACAGGAGGAGAACAACACGAUUGCCGCUCGGCACUUGAAACAGACCUGCAGUCUGAUUCAACGAGUUAUGGCUGCUGAAAAGCAAGAAGGGGGAAUCAAGAAGAUGAGUCCCGUACAGCAAUCCAGGUGCGUUGUGUAUUAAUUGUGUAUCGUGGAAAGUUUAAGUGCUCUUGGUUUUGCUGUCAACUGUGUGUUUCGGAUUGAUCUCGUAAUGGCACAAUGUGAUUACUAUCAUCUAUCUCUAAUACUUUUUGUAAACGGAAACAAUUUUCUGUGGAAAACUAAUCUGCCAUGCCUGACAAUGAAGGUGGUUGGGAAUAGAGGGUGGACAUUAUGAUACAAAAUCUGAAAUGCAGUCUACAGUUGCCUCUCAUUUGGAAUCCAGUUUCAAGUCGUGUCCAUCGGUUCGAGAAGAAAACAAAAAAGCCUCGGCUGUCAUCCGUAGAUUGACAUUGCCUAGUCUUUCAAAGAGAGAUUGGCCAAUCGUUGAAAUCGCCUGGAGCUUGACCAAUCACAUUGUUGAAGAGUUGGAUACACGAGAUUGUUCCUACAAUACUUUGGCAACUCUGCCCUUCGGGCAGUUUCCUUCUCUACCAACCUUGGACGUACAAUUUUGUUCGCAGUUAAGACGCCUAAGUCGUGAAAACAUGAUUACUCAGCUGUUGAAGUCGGCGAAGGAUUUGGAAGUAUAUGCAAGUCGCGCUGAGUACAAAUGUGCCGUAUGCAUUGCGCUUCUAGAUCCCAUGGUUGAGCGUUACGGAAUUCCACCCUUAUCUCUACCGAAGGCGAAGUCAUUGGAUGAAUACCCACUUGAUUACGAACCGCCUCAAACAAUUUGCCCGCCAUGGGGAGGAUUAGUUUCGGAGGCCUUGAAUAAAGUUGCUGCGAAAACUCCUACCGGAGAUAUAGACGUAAAAAGCGCCAUGCUCUUGGUUUAUAGAGCAUUUGCAAGACAAGACGACGAAGAAAAAGGAGUUAGGCUAGGGAGGAAGAAUGCGCAAGUAAUGGAACGACUUGCCAAUAUGCAGUCGCACCAAAGAUCUCUUGUGCAGAACAUUAGAGAUUCGCUUCACAGUAGCGAAAAAUCUGAAAAAUCGGCGUCAGGAUUCUUGGACUAUUGCGAAAAGGCUUUGAACAAAGGAGACGAAGGCUACCCAAGCACAAUAUCAUUAGAGGUACCCUUGCUGAAUCUCAAAAUUUCACUUGGAGCAUCUCAGUACGGGAGGUGUUACAUCACAUCAAAGAAUAUUCUGUUUGUUACCACUUAUAUACCACUUUUGGGGUCCAGCAGAUCGAUGGCAUUUGACUUAAGUCUGAUCAAAUUCCAAGUGAAAGCAAAUCCAACGUCUUCGUUGAUGAAUCCAUUUCCGAAUACUAUGGAGGUCGUGCUGAAAUCCAACAACAAGUCUGUCUUCAGUUUCCGACCGGCAAUAGGACCGGCUCGUCUUCAUACUUUCAUCCACAUUAUUCAAGCUUUCGCCAGCGAAAAGAAGCCUUCAGAAUAUUCUCAAGUUGGAGAAGAUUCUGACGAGGAACUUGCGAAGGAAGAGCCAGAAUUAUCAGUCUGACCUGGCACUGAAGCAUGUAGUUAAAUUAUGAGGCAUGCACAUGUGCUAAAUUUGUUUGAUAUCAUGAGUGCUUGAAAUGAAAUGACUGCAUGGUUUGGCGGAGGCAGUAAUGAGACGAAGUGUACAAUCCAUUUUCGACAAGUUGAAUAUACGUGCAGUAGGACCAAGCGUAGGACCUUGUUGAAAACAGUCAGUCUCGUUUCAUUCUAAUCAUCUAAAUACAAACCGCAAUUGCAU